AUGGCUGGUCCAUCCACCCCUGACCGUCCCGUGGACGCGGGAAAUGCCGAAUACACUCGGCCUCCUGAUCCCUCCUCCCCUACUAACCUCAACAAGCGCGCUGGAAAACGGAUGAAAGCACCUACGGGCCAGCUGCCCCCCGGUCCUCUCCCAAGAGGUGCCAGCGCCACAACCGCAACCACAACCAUGUCCGCCUCUGCUGCCAUCACCGAGCGGCUGGACGCAAAGGCCCGAGAGGCCAAACUCCUAAGGGAGGUAUUUGAGACCUUCGCCAAGACGGUGGACACCUUCGCCGCCUCUUGCAAAGACGACAAGAGAGUCAUCGCACUCGAAAUCAGCUCCCAGAUGGUUAAUUUCAUCUCCACAUCCUACUUUGCGAGCACCAACGGCAACGACUUCGUCCCGAUCAGGGCCCGAAGCGACCCGGCAACAAUCUCCUUGAUAAAACCCACAACCUAG